AAGUAAUCUGAAUAUGUGACAUUUUCAAUCCGAAAACUGACAAUUCGUUUAUUCUAAUUCGUAAUUUCAAAUUUAUCGUUUCCUUAAACCCAAAAUGUCUAGAUUACCAAAACCCUCCGGUUUGCCGGUACGUUCUGGGAUACCCAGACCCGGUGCAGGUCCAGCUGCCCAUUCAUCGACAUUAGCUCCACCCACAGCAGGAAUACCUGCCUCAAGAUCUAGUCCAUCUGGAUUGCCAAGACCUGGCUCUACACUCCCUUCCUCUGGCUUGGGUCCUCCAGGUAUUGGUUUCAGACCACCACGACCAGGAAUCAGGCCACCAGGCCCCGGACCAGCCAGACCAGCUGGGCAACCAGUGGCUGGUCCAUCAUCAAGGCCUGGAUCCUCUGGAACCAGAGAAAUCGCUUCGAAAACGACAGUUACCGUCACCAAAGGACCCGGCCAAAGAUCGGUAGCCAUGAAGACCGACCAAAGCGUAGUCCCAAAAGCCUCGAGAACUGUGGCCAAACCAAAAAUGGGAGCACCAGUCGGAUCCAGAAAAUCGCAAGCAGCUGUGCCUAUACCGCCUCCGUCCGUUUUGAGGAAACAGGUGGCUCUGCAGGUGAAGGCGACUGCGGCUAAAGCUCCUCAAGGGUCGAGGAUAACAGCAACAGCAGCCAAGAAGACCACAGUCCCGGCGAUGGAGCAGAUCAUGACUCCAGCUGGUCCUCAGCAAGUUCUCCAAAAGGUCAUCACGGAGAAACGGGUGGAAAGAUCGAAGCAAGGGGAAGUUGUUUCCAGGAAUAUAAAGACAAUAGAAACCGACCCUCGAACGGGGGAGACCACACAAGUGGAGGAGGAAGUCCAAAAGCUCAAUCCAGAUUUCCCUGUACCGCAGGGUCCAGUGAAAGAAAUAGUGACUGUGGUGAGCGAGAGGGAUAUAACUGCUUCUUACGAAGCGACCACCGAGAACAUAAUAAGGGAAACGACUAAGCUGGACACAGGGCUUGGGAUGGACCCCCAACAAGUGUCCCAGCUGGUGGAGGAAGAAAAAGAAGACGUGGAGAACGCGCUGCGGAUCAACCCGCCGGAAUUGGCUAACCAAUCUCCGGAAAGGUAUCCUUUGAAGAAAAGGCUUCAAGCGCUCAGGUUGAGCCCGGAAAACAUUGCGCUUCUUGAGCAGUCGGUGAUUCAACCCCCAAUAACAGCAGAUGAACCGUUACCAGAAGCUUCUCCAGAAGUGAUGGCCAAAGUGAUAAACGCUCUGGACAAGAGCAUGCAGCCGAAGCUAGAUCCUGAAGCAACAUUCAAUACCCUGUUCACUGAAGGUGGUACAGAAGAAGCACCAUCAGCUAUGGUGAAUAUAAGUUCUGUCGCGCCUGGUCCACUCGGAGACGUUGUCAUACCUGUCAACGACGUCCCUGACACUAUACAGGAGGAGAUGUUGAGUCAAAAAAUGGAACAAACGUCUGUUAUCGUCCAAACAGCUGAGGAGAAACCACCCGAUUUCUCUUAUUCCAUGAGGACGCCCCAACCGCCUAAGAAGAAAGAAAGGAAGAAAUGGGCUCCCUACAAACCAAUAUCAGAUGAAGGCCCUCCAUGGCUGCAAAUGGAUAUGCCAGAGGCCAGUGAAGCUAUUGGAGCGAUGCCGAGGGAGAACUUGGACGCUUCAAACAUACUAGAAACCACCCAGGUCGGUCAGAUGAACGAAGAAGUUGCCAAAGGUAUCGAAUAUUACAUCGACUGUAAUCCGCUCCAAUACUGCUCUAGAGUACAACUGAGAGGAUCACAACCGCCCCCUUGGUUCCCAGGUUAUGUGUACGCGCUGUCAGACAUGGCAGACAGCGUAGAAGUCGCCAGAUCGCCAAGUCAGGUUAUGUUCGCCGCUUGGAGGUCCGUCCAACCGGAAAUAUUCCCGGACGAUUCAAUUGUUUACAACUAACGUGAUAAAAUCGUGGAGUAAAUAAAAGACGAAGCAACGUUCAGUAGA